AAAAUGUUAGAUCAUGCUACCCCUAAUUUGAGGAGAGCUCAAUUGAGGUCUUUGUCAGGGUAAACCAAACGACACCGUUCGGCUAGACAAAAAAACUGGAGGUUAAACCCCAAAACCACUAGAUUGAUCAAGGGAGAUGGGAAAAGCGGAGAGAGAGCGUCUGAAUCAAAGUCUGAGUGGGCACCUCAACACCAUCCAUGAGACCCUCCAGGUUUUCGAUCAGACACCAGCUUCAUCACUUGAUAAACUGACCUGGGAUGUUGUUGUUAAAAUGGGCGAUCAAGUCUCCAAGCAAGCUACUAUUGCUGGAAUGCUCUGGACUGGGGAAACACCAGAAGCUAAAGCGGUUGAGGAAAACAUGGCAACCUACUUCAAUACGCUCCAGGGUUUGCUUCUGCUUUCUCAUGGAAAUAUGGUAGGUGCAGGACCUACUCUUGCAUCUGCUAUCCAUUCAUCCAUUAAGCAAGUUGUUGAAUGCAGUUUUAAGUUGAUGAUGGAAACUGUCUCCUCAUUUGCAGGAUCUCGAAAUAAAGACCUCAAACCUUUAGUCCCACAAUUAGUUGGUGCAGUAUGGGAAGCAUGCACUGCUCUUAAGAAGACUCCUGCUUCAAAUAUCACAGCGAUUGGGCGAGCAAUGACACAGGUUGCAGUUUCAGUGAAGGAUGUUCUUCGAGAGAUGGAGGAGCUCAAGCCAGUAUCCUCCAAUCAGACAGAAGAAGCUUCCAAUGAUGAUGCUUCUCAUGCAGAAACUAGACUCGGUGACAAUGAUAGUCUGAGUGAUGACCUAGGCAAUGACCUGUCACCUGAAGAGAUGGAAGUUGCUCAAUCAGCAAUUGGGGUUGUGUCUGAGACAGUUGUACUCAUAAAAGAACUUAUCCGCACCAUCACUGGUUUGCUUAAGCAAGAAAAGCCUGAAGACAUCGGCAAUUUUGUGGACACUCUGGAGAAGUUAUUGAAGCUGUGCCAAGAGAUUGGAGUGCAGAUUGAUGAGCUUGGGGCCUGUCUUUAUCCCCCGCAAGAAUUUCCAGCUAUGAAGGCAGCUUUGGAGAAAUUUUCUAGUGCUAUUGACAAAGUGUGGACAGAGAUAGAAAGUUUGACAAGCUCUUCAGAAGCUGCUUUCCAGGCAUGCAAUGAUUUGAAAAGGUCAUUGAAACAAAUGGAAGCUACACUGGUUGCUGUAGUUCUAGUGAUAUAGAAUUCAUGAUGCAGAAUGUCGCUCUAAGCUGUUAAGAGGGAUGGGGGAACUCGCUCAGAGUUUGUUUCUGAACUAGACUUGUCCAACACGAUGUUUGUAAUAUGCAAAUCGAACAUUAUAAAUAUCUUAAUGGACAACAAAGGCAUUGAAAACCGCAGUUGUUACUAACUUUACUUUGUUGCUCAAGCAAUCGUGUAUAUGCAUCCCAAGAUGAUAAAACUUGAUAAUUUAUAUUUAUUUUAUCUUUUUAUCUUA